AUGAUAAACAAUGAUAAACACUAUCCAGAGGAUUCAGAGUCGUGCAGCCCAGAUCAUCACAGGUGCAUUCGGACAACAGCCGGUGCGGCGGUGGACGUAGAAGCGCAUCUGCUCCCGGUGCAACAACAACUCGAGCAAACAGCAUUGGAGGCCACGAUGCGCAUUAGAACUGCCCCGCUAUACGUUGACAUGGCGUCAACCGAGGUCGGCAGGAGCAGUGAACAGAGCCCCCUCGACCGCUUCUCGAGCAUCCUCGAACGAAAAUUUAAGGUGCAGCUUGACCGGCUCGAAAAGCGUAUAACGCAUUUGGUGCCGCCAUGGUGGAUUCCACCGUUCGUCCGCGUCAAUGAUUCUGCAGAGGAGGCAUUCAAGGAGCACGAUGCCAUCGAGCCAGGAACGCUAUGCGUCUACACCGAUGGAAGUGGCAUAGACAGCCACGUCGGCGCGGCUGCUGUAACGCGUGCACCACACGCCAAUGGGCCCUGGACGAAGCGAACUCAGUAUAUGGGUACAUCCAGGACCUCCACGGUGUACGCGGCAGAGCUCAGAGGGCUCGUCCUUGCCCUACAGAUGGUACUCGACACACCGCAAAUAUGCGUCCCGCCGGACAGAUGCGCCGCCGUAUUCACGGACAACCAAGCCGCUAUCCAAGCGAUGCGGAACCCCAAGCACCCAUCCGGGCAAUACAUUUUGGCCGAGGCUAUUCGAGCGCUCGAAGAGCUUCGGAGCCAGGGCCGACCAAGCAGCGGAAGAGACCGCCGGAACCAAUCCAAGCACGGGAGCAACAUUGAGCGGCCGGCAGAAGCAGACUCUCUGCGAACACUCACGGCAACCACCAAGUCCAUCAUCCGUCGAGCGAUGAGAAGCGAGUGGGACACGGCCUGGGAGAAUGCCAAGCACGGUAGAGAGCUGUUUAGGCUCGGGGUGAGGCCAGGGAAGGCGAUACUCGACACGCACAUUGGCACACACAUAGCGAUCAGCUCCGCCAUCACACAGAUGCGCACGGGCAAGAUCGCCCUACGUGCAUACCUCCACGCCAUCAACAAGGCCGAAUCCGACCAAUGCGAAUGCGGCCACGGGCCGCAAACCGUACGACACGUCCUGCUCGAGUACCGAAACUGGGCGGACGAACGACAUCGAAUGUGGGCAGGCAAGGCUCCAUGCAUCGACAUCAAACGCAUUCUCAGUAGCCCGUCAAGGGCAGUACAAGCAGCAAAGAUGAUCUUGAGGACUGGACUGCUGGGACAAUUCCGAGCAGUACCAUCCACGGUACUAAAAUACACAUAG